AUGUGGAUCCUGCCGUUAGUCGGAUAUCUGGGAGUUAUUGUAGGAUUCUCAUUCUUGACUCUGGCCAUAGCUUCGGGACUCUACUACUUGUCUGAGCUUGUAGAGGAGCAUACUGUCCUCGCCCGUCGGCUAUUGACCAGGUUGAUAUAUAGCAUUGUCUUCAUUCAGAUCCUUCUCUUCCUAUUUGAUCGAUUCCCGCUUUCGUUGUCGGUCCUUAGCAUCGGCUCGCAUAUGGUUUAUGCAAGUAAUUUGCGUCGCUUUCCGAUUGUUAAACUCUCGGACCCCCUUUUCAUUAUGUCUUGCAUCCUAGUUGGUCUAAAUCACUGGCUCUGGUUCCGCCACUUUUCUAAACCGCUGCCUUCAUCACGAACUGCAAGCAGCUGGCGUAACCCGUAUCAAGCCAAUGUGGAUGAUAUGCCGACUUUCACUGAAGUUGCGUCUUACUUUGGGCUCUGUGUCUGGCUGGUGCCUUUCGCACUUUUUGUCAGCCUUAGUGCGGGUGAGAAUGUGCUGCCUAGCAUGGGCUCCGAGUAUGUCACAGGUGAACGCAUCUCGACUGUAGGAGUCAGCAGUACCGCUUUGUUACCAGAAGGGAGGAACAAGAAUAAAGGAAUGGCGAAGGCUCUGGUUGAUGGGGUCCGGGAUUGGGUCAAAGAGAAUGGUGAAUUAAUGGGAUUUUGGAGGGAAGAUCGCUCUAAAAGGUUCUAA